GUUCUAACUCAAAGAAGAAGCUAAAACCAGAGAUGGAUGACAUCACCGGCAAUAAACAGAGGCCUUCCUGGGUAUAUUGCUGUUCCAAUUCUAUUUCCAUUCCCUCUUCCCCUUCCCGGAAUAUUGACGUUGCAUCGCCGGAAAAGCAUCAUCAACUUGAUCACCUUCCUGUCUCCGACAUAAAACCCGCCAAACGAAAGCCUGGCGGAUGGAAAGCCAUGCCGUUCGUCCUAGGUAACGAGACAUUCGAGAGGAUGGGAACAUUUGGACUGCUAUCAAACUUUAUGAUAUUUUUAUUAACACAAUUUCAUCUUGAGCAAGCAUCUGCUGCAAACUUGCUCAACAUAUGGUCCGGUAUAACCAAUUUUGCGCCGUUGAUCGGUGCUUUCAUUUCUGAUGCUUAUAUCGGCCGCUUUCGGACAAUUGCUAUUGGUUCCUUCGCCACUCUUAUUGGAAUGAUAACCCUAACCGUAAUAACUUGGGUUCCCGACCUUCACCCUCCUUCAUGCCCAAAAUCCCAUGAUCAAGUCAAUCUUCACCCGUGCACCGGGCCAACCUCGACGCAAUUGGGAGUUUUGGUAAUUGGACUCGCUUUCCUCUCAAUUGGCACUGGCGGCAUAAGGCCUUGCAGUCUUCCGUUUGGUAUAGACCAAUUCGAUCCAACCUCCGAGGAUGGGAGAAGAGGGAUCAAUAGCUUCUUCAAUUGGUACUACGCCACUUUCACGGUUGUCCUAAUUCUAGCACUAACCGUCGUUGUCUAUAUACAAGACAACAUAAGUUGGGUGAUUGGCUUUGGAAUACCCACUCUAUGCAUGGUAGGAUCCAUUAUAUUGUUCUUUCUAGGAACCAAGAUCUAUGUGCAUGUCAAGCCAGAAGGGAGCGUGUUCACGGGCAUCGCUCAAGCAUUAGUCGCGGCCUACAAAAAGCGUCAUGCAAGGCUUCCCGAUGAUGAUGAAAAAGAUGGUGGUGUCGAGUCUUACUACGAUCCGCCGCCCUUGAAAGGGACUGUUUCGACAAAACUUCCUCUUACCAAUCAAUUCAGGAUGAUAAACAAAGCGGCUCUAGUUCAAGAUGGAGACCUAAAACCGGAUGGGUCGCGAUCAAAUCCAUGGAGACUAUGCAGCAUUCAACAGAUCGAAGAAGCCAAAUGUUUAUUCAAGAUAUUCCCUGUUUGGGCAUCGGGCAUCGUUUGUUUCACGGCCAUAGUCCAACAAGCCACUUUCACCAUCUCCCAAGCCCUCAAGAUGGACCGUCACCUCGGACCCAAGUUCGAAAUCCCCCCGGGUACCCUCAUAGUCAUUUCCAUGAUCACAGUCGGCAUAUGGGUCCCGUUCUACGAUCGCGUAGUUGUGCCCGCUCUUCGUAAGGUAACCGGUAUUGAAAACGGGAUCACGCUCCUCCAGAGAAUUGGGAUCGGGAUCGUGUUCUCGUUCCUAUCGAUGGUGGUUGCAGGGAUAGGGGAGAGGAUGAGACGCGCCUCGGCACUAGCCCAUGGUGGGCCGAGUGGGGUCGCCCCAAUUUCCGUCCUCUGGCUGGCCCCUCAGCUCAGCCUCAUGGGCUUUGCCGAGGCGUUUAACAUCAUAGGACAAAUUGAAUUCUAUUAUCGAGAAUUCCCUGAGAGUAUGAGCAGCGUAGCAAACUCUUUGUUUUUUAUAACAGCUGCGGGAGCCAACUACUUGAGUAGUUUCCUUAUUAUGAUCGUUCACCGAACCACAGGCGGGCAUGGGCGACCCAAUUGGUUGGCGAACGAUAUCAACGCGGGGCGUAUAGAGAAUUUUUACUUCUUGAUAGCGGCCAUGGGGGCGGUGAAUUUGGUAUAUUUCUUAUUUGUGUCACAAAAGUACCAAUAUAAAAAGCAGCUUCAUGUUGAGCUUAGUGUUGGUAAAUAAUUAAUAAAAUUUGUAAAGGGAUCUCACUCUCGUUUGUAUUUUAAUUUAGUUUGAUUAUUGCUACUAUAUAUUGUACCA